AUGAAGGCCACCACCCCGCUUGCUUUGGUGCUGUUGGCAAAAGCCAUUGAGGCUGCCCCUCAACCCGUCAGCGCCUCAUCCGGUGUUGGUGCCACUACAUCGGACGUCUACCCGCCAGCAUCCACAUCGGUCAACUCGUCUCAGUUUCCGCCCGAACCAGUGGUUGGAUACCCCGGUCCAACGUUGACGGGCCUUGAGCCAGCUGCCGCCCAGACAGCUCCCCUGUACCCAUACAACACUCAAGGUGCUGCCGCCUUUCCUCUGGUUGCUGCCCAGCCUCAGGGUUCCAACUCGAGCUCCAGUGUCGACAUCACUAAAUACUGGGGUAACUUGUCGCCAUGGUAUUCAGUGUCGUCUGCCGACUAUGGACUGCCCAAUGCAAGCCCACUGAUCCCUGACGGCUGCACCAUCAAUCAGGUUCACCUCCUGUACCGCCACGGUGCUCGGUACCCUACCAGCGGCGCUGCCCCUGCGACGUUUGCUGCUAAGCUUUACAAUGCCACCAAAGGCGAGGGUUUCUCGGUGACGGGCGACCUGUCUUUCCUGUCCAACUGGACCUACAAGCUGGGCGCUGAGCUUCUGACGCCCUUUGGACGCGGCCAGAACUUCCUCCUCGGCCUGUCAUACCGGCAACUGUACGGUGAAUUGCUCAACAACUUCACCGAACAGGGUGCUCUGCCUGUCUUCCGCACCGAAUCUCAGGACCGCAUGGUCAAGACGGCCGAGAACUUUGCAGCCGGGUUCUUUGGGGUGCCUGAGUAUUUGAACCAGGUCAAUAUUGAGAUCCUCGUCGAGAAUCCCGGCGUCAACAACUCGGGCGCUCCCUACGAAGUCUGCAACAACUCCAACAUCGCCAGCAAAGGAAGCAUCGGCAGCACCGUUGCCACCAAAUUCGCCAACAACGCUUUCAACGCCACUCUCGCCCGCUUGAACUCCCAGAUCUCCGGCAAUCUGACCUUGACACCAACCGACGCCAUCGCCAUGCUUCAGCUUUGCUCGUACGAGACCGAUGCGCUGGGCUAUUCCGCCUUCUGCGACCUCUUCACCAUGCAAGACUUUGAGAACUACGAAUACUACUAUGAUCUGUCUUUCUACUACAACAACGGCCCCGGCUCGCCCGUUGCCGCUGCCCAAGGCAAAGGUUUCCUCGAGGAGUGGGUGGCUCGAUUUACCCACACCUACCCUGCGGCGCUCUCGUCGCUCAACGAGACAUUCGACGACACCCCGACGUAUUUCCCGCUCAACCAGUCCAUCUACGCCGACGCGACCCACGAGGUCGUCGUGCUCGACACACUGACGGCCUUUAACCUGACGGCGCUGUUCAACGGGCCUGCCCUGAACCUCAACUCCAACACGGGUGGCAACAGCUUCGUCGCCAGCAAGCAGGUGCCUUUCGCCACGCACUUCACCACCCAAGUGCUCGAGUGCCCGGCCAUGUCGCCGUCCAAGCAGAUCCGCUUCAUCGUCAACGACGCCGUCAUCCCCGUCUCGGACUCCCACCCAGGCUGCCCCGUGGACCCCAACGGCCUGUGCCCCUUUGACACCAUGGUCGGCGUGCUGCAGAAGCGCAUCGCCGAGAUCGACUUCAACUACGACUGUUUCGCCAACUACACUGCCACGCCCGGCGUCAACUACAACGGCCGCGCGCCCCGUAACGCCCCGUCAUGA